UGGGUGAGUGUCGUGAACAGUCGCCGUGUUGCCCCCCCCCCACACCCAGUCUCCCUGCUCGGUUAAUAACUGGAUGGAGGUUUAACUCGGAGGUGCUUGUUCGGGCUGCUGUGUUGGAAUAAGACUACAAGAGAUGAGCAGAAGAACCGGCAGCAGGAGCAGAACCAGAAACAGGAUGUAACUAACCGCAGAGCAGAAAUGUCAAGUGGAACAAAAGAGACUUCUUGUUGUUAUUCGUCUCAGCGGAGUGAAUUAACCAGCAGCUACACCGGCUAACGCGAGCUACAUUACGGGUAUAACUGGCUUAAAGAAAGAAGAAAAAAAAAAAUGUUUUUGCACUAAAAUAACUUAAAUGGACCACGAACAGCUAACAUUACAACACGGUACCGGUUAGAGGAACCACAUUGAUGAUACAGGCGGUCGGGUUAACACGCUAACUAGCUCGGCUAAGCUUCAGCUACUAGUUAAUGUUAGCGACCUGCUAGCUGUUGUUCUGGCCGUGCUUGUAAUUUCAAAUACUAAAAAGCUUUUUUUUUUUUAAAUUAUGAAUUGAUUGCCAGUUUUAGGUGUAAAAUGACAUAUUUUUGACGCUUGAACUUUACCAGGUGGUCGUGUGUCUGGCUAGCUUGCUCACUUGGUUUCUCACGCUACACUGUUUUUGUCUUUCAUCCCGGACGCAGACAGACUUUUUUUAAAGCAUCCUUGCUUGUUUGUUCGGUGAGAGGAUCUCAUUGACAUUUACUCGCCAUGGCAGCAGUGGUGAGCUACUCUCCACCGUGGUGGGUGAACCUCCUGCACAGACUUCCUCAUUUCAACUUAAAGUUCGAGCAAACGAGCAGUGAUUUCCAACCAGAGGACUGGACAUAUCAACAGUCCAUCCUGCUGCUGGGGGGUGUGGCACUCGCCUGUCUGGCCCUGGACCUCCUGUUCCUGCUCUUCUACUCCAUUUGUUUGUGCUGCCGGCGGAACAAAAAUGAGGAGCGGAGCAACGCUGACUGUUGCUGCACCGCCUGGUGUGUCAUCAUUGCAACACUUGUCUGCAGCGCUGGCAUUGCUGUCGGUUUCUAUGGGAACGGCGAGACUUGUGAUGGAGUGAAUCGGCUGACGUAUUCCCUGCGCCAUGCUAACCGCACAAUCACUGGGGUGCAGAAGCUGGUAUAUGACGGUACAUCCUCAUUGAACCAGACGGUAGACGACAAUCUGCAACAGCUUGAGGGCCAGUAUGCGCAGCAUGCAGACUACCUGUCCAUCAUCCAAAAGCUGCAGGGCCAGCUGGAUGAGCUAGUCAGACAGAUGGUGGAGAUUCCCUUCUGGGGCAACACCAAUAUCUCAUUGGAGGAGCUGGCUGUUAAGAUUGAGCUGUAUGACUGGUACAGGUGGCUGGGCUACAUAGGCCUGCUACUGUUCGAUGUCCUCAUCUGCCUUCUGGUGCUGUUUGGCCUCAUUCGCAACUCCAAGGGAACGCUUAUAGGGGUGUGCUUUUUUGGUGUAGUGGCUCUGGUAAUCAGCUGGGUCUCCCUGGGGCUGGAGUUGGCUGUCUCUGUGACCUCCAGUGACUUCUGUGUUGCUCCUGACACAUAUGUCACCAAAGUCGCAAACCAGUUUGGAGUCAUCAAUCAAGAUAUCCUGCAGUACUACCUUAGUUGCAGUUUGGAACAAACCAACCCCUUCCAGCAGAAGCUUUCCGGGAGCCACAAAGCAUUAGUGGAGAUGCAGGAUGACGUGUCUGAACUGCUGCGCUCUGCCACCAGAGAGUAUAAACAAACUAAGGGAAGUUUGGAAGAGAUCCAGGGGAUACUGAACACCACAGAGAUCAGUCUACAUCAGCUCACGGCCCUGGUGGACUGUCGCAGCCUGCACAUGGACUAUGUCCAGGCCAUGACAGGACUGUGUUAUGACGGACUGGAAGGCCUCAUCUACCUCGUGUUCUUCUCCUUCGUCACUGCUCUGAUGUUCAGCUCAAUUGUUUGCAGUGUGCCUCACACCUGGCAUGCUAAGAGGAGCGACGAGGACAUUGAGGAUGAGUCUCUUAGCCACGGGGGAAGGCAAAACCAUGAUAACCUGUACCGGGUCCACAUGCCCAGCCUGUACAGCUGUGGCAGCAGCUACGGCAGUGAGACCUCCAUCCCCGCUGCAGCCCACACCGUCAGCAACGCACCUGUCACUGAGUACAUGGCUCAGAACGCCAACUUUCAGAACUCUCGCUGUGAAAACACACCUCUGAUAGGACGGGAGUCUCCUCCCCCCUCGUACACCUCCAGCAUGCGGGCGAAGUACCUGGCCAACAGCCGACCAGAUCCCAACAAUCCUCCAGCAAAUUAGACGACACUGGACUCAUCCCGUCUGCAGCACUGACGUCUGUCAGCCAUCCAUUCAUCCAGUCAGUCGCUUGAUCAUUUUUAAUAGAUGGCUUACCCUUCAGUCGCUCCUCCUUAAGGAAUCCUGCAGAUCAUCAAAUCUCCCCUCUCAGUAGUCAGUUCAGUUUUGAAGUUCCAGUUUCCACAAUCCUUGGCUGAUUUUUAUUACUGCAAGAAUCUUCAUUGGUGCUGGGAAUUCAUCUGAAACUACGGAGCCUGACUGACUUUUACACUCCAACUUAAUUAUUGUGUUUGUUUUUUUAAAUUGUUUUACACCUACUCCACCAGGACAAGUACUGUGUCACAACUAACAAGGCAUUGCAUUGUUGAGGACUCUGGAAGUGAUCAUUAGACUAACACUGAUUUCUACUGGUUGCUGUUUCGUUUUGUAGUACUGUACUGCAAGCUCCCGUUGCUGUGGGAGACUAACAGAGAAAUGCCUUACACAUAAAUAUUAGAGGAAUCAACUGGUUGCUUCACACCUGAACUGUAGAUUUCUCACACUCAACAUAAAUCAAACUGAAUACAUUUCAUAGUGCAACAUCUCAGUUCCUCAGGUUUUCUUUCUGCCCGCGGAACUUGAAAUGCAAGUCUGUAUUUGAGUCAGCCGGUCAGAUUUGCGUUAUUCUCCAGUUAAGGUUGCCAUACUGUAUAUCACACAUGCACAUUAGCUUCUUUUUGCAUUUAAUGUUAAAUCUAAUGUCUGGGACCCGUUUUCCUGCCGUAUUGCACGUCUUACAGGUCUGAAACUGAAAUGUUUUUUCUUCUCUGACACUUUUAUUUCCUGUGGCAUUUUUUUUUUAAAUACAUUGAUGAGCCACUAUUCCACAGCAGUGACUGUAACUAAGCUGUGAAUUUGAUUCUGGCACAUGCGCUCAGAGGACUUGAUGAGGACAAAAAUGAGCUGUCCUUGAGCUAGAAAUGCAGCUGUUUGACAAGAGUCAUAGCAGGAUGGGGAAAAAAAAAAGAACCGUCAUGAGCUUGACGAAGAGGAGUUUUUGUACUACUGGAAUCAGAAACUUUUUUACAGCCCUUUUUGAAGACGAUGGUGAAGCAGAGGAGGUUGGAGCUGUACAGGAUGUUUUCUGCAACAUUACUCCAGACUUUCUACGAUAAUUUGCCUCUUCACCAGACUGCUUGUUAUUCUCUCCACAUUCCUGUCAAGUUGUAGAGCCUCACCUCCCCUAACAGAACCGGGAAUUGUCUACACACACAUCCCUGACUCUGAUCGUUUCUACCAAAUGCAUACUGAGUUAGAAAUUCCUUUCACUGAUUAUCUCGACAAGACUCUUAAUGCAGGUUUACGUGAAAAUAUGCAUAUCGCAGUUUCUAAGAGAAUUUCAAAGAGAAACGUAAUGCAUCGGCAAUGCAGUGUGUCACAAAUGUGUUUUAGCAUUUAUAACAAAAGUAGAUAAGAGUGAGUGGAUGCUGUGAAGGGAUUGUGAUGACUGCUCUCUCUAUAAUCUGGACAUUGUCUGUGGAAAUCUGAUGACUUUCCUGUUGAAACACAACAGUUCUUCAACUGGACUGUGAUGUUUGUACUUCUGCCGCUUCAACCUGCUUCUCCUAGAUGUGCAUUUUGACCAGUACAAGAGGUGAUUUUUGAGACUGUGCCGCCAAGUUAAGCACAACUCUUUUACUAUCUGAAUAUCUUUUUCAAUGUCUUACUUGAGGCCAGUUUGUAAAGUUGACAGCUCUCGGUUGCCUGUGCAAUCAAAUGAGAAAAUGAGCCUGACUUUUUCAAAUCAUUUAUGCUCUGUAAAACAUUAUUACACUGAUGCAAUCUUUCUGUUUUUGGGUAGUAGUCAUAUUCUCUUUGUUGUUUGUAAUGCAAGGCUGUUGUACAGAUUAUAAACAUUUACAAAAUGAAGAAAAAAAAGUGACAUUUUAAUUUUUAAUUUCUUGAAAGGCUUAUUUCACAUUUUUUAAGAUUUUUUUCUAUUUGAUUUGCUUGUAGGUUUUAUUUUGUUUUAGAAUCUGUAGCAAUCACAAUGUGUUGCUUCAUUAAUGUGAAUACAGUAAAUAGAUUUUAAUUUCGAAAAGAGUUGAGUUUUUUUUUUUUAUUUCUGGAACAUCACUGUAGAUGUAAUUUUUUUUUUUUUUUUUUUUUACAUCAUUUUUGCAAUCUCUAAAAUAUGUACAUGUAAAACCUGUGGUUAUAUUGAGCUUGAAUGCUGUGUUUUAAAAUUAAACAAAGCUUAACUGUAGCUCA